CGGGUAACGGCGGGCCUAGACGCCUCAGGGCGCCAUCGCCAUGCAGUUGAAGCAUCUGAAGACCCUGCUGAGCCCUCAGGAUGGGGCUGCAAAGGUGACGUGCAUGGCCUGGUCCCAGAACAAUGCCAAGUUUGCUGUUUGCACAGUGGACCGGGUGGUCCUUCUGUAUGAUGAACAUGGAGAGCGAAGAGACAAGUUCUCCACCAAACCAGCUGACAUGAAGUAUGGCAGGAAGAGUUACAUGGUGAAGGGAAUGGCUUUUUCUCCGGACUCCAUUAAGAUUGCCAUUGGACAGACUGACAACAUCAUCUACGUGUACAAGAUUGGGGAAGAUUGGGGUGACAAGAAAGCCAUCUGCAACAAGUUCGUCCAGACGAGUGCUGUCACUUGUUUGCUAUGGCCAGUAGAGCACAUCAUUGUCUUUGGAUUGGCUGAGGGGAAGGUCCGUUUAGCGAAUAUAAAAACCAACAAGUCAUCCACCAUCUAUGGGACCGAUUCAUAUGUAGUGUCGCUGACAUCAAACAUCUCUGGGAAGGGCAUUCUCUCCGGCCAUGCCGACGGCACCAUUGUGCGCUACUUCUUCGAUGACGAGGGGUCUGGAGAAUCGCAGGGGAAGCUGGUCAGCCACCCGUGCCCUCCCUACGCCCUAGCCUGGGCAUCUAACAGCAUCGUGGCCGCGGGCUGCGAUCGGCGAAUUGUGGCCUACGGAAAGGAAGGUCACGUCCUGCAAACCUUCGACUACAGUCGGGACCCCCAAGAGCGGGAGUUCACCACAGCCGUGGCCAGUCCCGGAGGCCAGGCUGUGGUGCUGGGCAGCUACGACAGGCUCCGGGUCCUCAACUGGAGCCCUCGCCGCGGUGCCUGGGAAGAAGCGAAACCCAAGGAAAUCGCCAACCUGUACACGGUCACGGCCCUAGCCUGGAAGCGUGACGGCUCUCGGCUCUGCGCGGGCACGUUGUGUGGAGGGGUCGAACAGUUUGACUGCUGCCUCCGAAGGAGCAUUUACAAGAAUAAAUUUGAAAUGACGUAUGUGGGGCCCAGUCAGGUGAUUGUGAAGAAUCUGUCAACAGGCACUCGUGUGGUGCUGAAGUCCCACUACGGCUAUGAGGUGGAAGAGGUGAAGAUUCUGGGCCAGGAGCGUUAUUUGGUGGCCCACACCUCGGACACACUGCUGCUGGGCGAUCUGAGCUCCAACCGGCUCAGCGAGGUGGCCUGGAAGGGCUCUGGAGGAAACGAGAAGUAUUUCUUUGAAAAUGAGAACGUCUGCAUGAUCUUCAACGCCGGAGAGUUAACCCUCGUGGAAUACGGGAGCAAUGAUAUCCUGGGCUCCGUGCGCACAGAAUUCAUGAAUCCCCAUCUCAUUAGUGUUCGUAUCAAUGAAAGACGGCAGCGGGGGAUGGAAGAAAGUAAGAAGUUGGCCUACCUUAUUGACGUCAAGACCAUUGCUGCAGUGGAUUUGAUUGGCGGCUAUAACAUCGGCACCAUCAGCCACGACAGCCGUGUGGACUGGUUGGAGCUCAAUGAAACCGGACACAAGCUGCUCUUCAGAGACCGGAAACUGCGACUGCACCUGUACGACAUCGAGAGCAGCUCCAAGACAAUGAUCCUGAAUUUCUGCUCCUUCGUGCAGUGGGUCCCAGGGAGCGACGUGCUGGUAGCACAGAACCGGAACAGUCUGUGUGUGUGGUACAACAUCGAGGCACCGGAGAGGGUCACUAUGUUUCCCCUUAAGGGUGACAUUGUGGCUUUGGAGCGGGGCGAGGGAAAGACGGAAGUCCUGGUGACCGAAGGUGUGACUACUGUGUCCUACACCCUGGAUGAGGGGCUUAUCGAAUUCGGGACAGCCGUGGACGACCGCAACUACACCCGAGCGGCAGCAUUCCUGGAGACCCUGGAGAUGUCCUCAGAGACGGAAGCAAUGUGGAAAACCCUGAGCAAGCUGGCUCUGGAGGCCAAGCAGCUCCACAUCGCGGAGAGGUGCUUCUCUGCCUUGGGCCAUGUAGCAAAGGCACAAUUCCUGCGCAAGACUAACGAGAUCGCGGAUCGAGUGUCCCAGGAAUACGGAGGGGAAGGAACUGAUUUCUACCAGGUCCGAGCACGUCUGGCCAUGCUGGAGAAGAACUACAAGCUAGCAGAGAUGAUCUUCCUCGAACAGAAUGCUGUAGAGGAAGCCAUGGCCAUGUAUCAGGAACUGCAUCGCUGGGACGACUGUAUUGCUGUGGCUGAGGCGAAGGGCCACCCUGCCUUGGAGAAGUUGCGUCGGGGCUAUUACAACUGGCUGAUGGAAACGCAGCAAGAAGAACAGGCCGGGGAACUGCAGGAGAGCCAGGGGGACGGGCUGGCAGCCGUUAGCCUCUACCUCAAGGCCGGGCUCCCGGCCAAAGCCGCCCGCCUGGCACUGGCCCACGAGGAGCUCCUGGCCAAUACUGAGCUGGUGGGACACAUCACCUCAGCCCUCAUCAAGGGAGAGCUGUACGAACGGGCAGGAGAUCUGUUUGAGAAGAUCCGGAAUCCCCAAAGAGCCCUUGAGUGCUACUGUAAGGGCAGCGCUUUCAUGAAAGCGGUGGAGCUGGCCCGGGUGACGUUCCCAGCUGAGGUGGUGCGGUUGGAGGAAGGAUGGGGAGACCACCUGGUGCAGCAGAAGCAACUGGACGCCGCCAUCAACCACUACAUCGAAGCCAGGUGCUCUAUCAAGGCGAUCGAGGCCGCCCUGGGGGCCCGACAGUGGAAGAAGGCUGUUUAUAUCCUGGAUCUGCAGGACCAGAGCACAGCUGCCAAGUACUAUCCCCGUGUAGCCCAGCACUAUGCAUCCCUGCAGGAAUUUGAGAUAGCAGAAGCGCUGUUCAUCAAGGGAGACCGAACAAAGGAUGCCAUCGACAUGUACACUCAGGCCGGACUCUGGGAGCAAGCACAUAAGCUGGCGACUAAGUGCAUGAGGCCAGAAGAUGUGUCUGUGCUGUAUAUCACCCAGGCCCAGGAGAUGGAAAAGCAGGGCAAGUUCAGAGAGGCGGAAAGACUGUACGUGACGGUGGACGAGCCGGAUCUGGCCAUCACCAUGUUGAAAAAGCACAGACUGUACGACGACAUGAUCCGCCUGGUGGGGAAGCACCACCCGGACCUGCUGAGCGACACCCACCGGCACCUGGGCAAGGAGCUGGAGGCCGAGGGCCACCUUCAGGAAGCCGAAUAUCACUACCUGGAGGCUCAGGAGUGGAAGGCAACGGUGAAUAUGUACCGGGCCAGUGGACUUUGGGAAGAAGCCUUCCGGGUGGCUAAGGCCUACGGCGGGGCAGUCGCUCACAAGCACGUGGCCUUUCUGUGGGCCAAAAGCCUAGGAGGGGAGGCUGCCGUGCGGCUUCUCAACAAGCUGGGACUCCUGGAGACCGCGGUGGACCACGCGGUUGAGAACUGCUCCUUUGAUUUUGCUUUUGAUAUCACCCGGCUUGCCCUUAAGCACAGAACGCCAGAGAUUCACCUCAAAUAUGCCAUGUUCCUAGAGGAUGAGGGCAAGUUUGAAGAAGCUGAAGCCGAGUUCAUCCGAGCUGGAAAACCCAAAGAAGCCGUGCUCAUGUUCAUCCACAACCAGGACUGGGAGGCGGCACAGCGUGUGGCCGAGGCUCACGACCCGGAGAGCAUCUCGAAGGUGUUGGUGGAACAGGCCCAGGCAGCCUUGGCGGAGAAGGACUUUCAGAGAGCCGAAGGGCUGCUCCUGCAGGCCCAGAGGCCUGGCCUGGCCCUCACCUACUACAAGGAAGCCGGGCUCUGGAGCGACGCUCUCCGCAUCUGCAAGGACUACGUCCCGGGCCAGCUGGAAGCUUUACAGGAGGAGUACGAGCGAGAGGCCACCAAGAAGGGAGGCCGGGGCCUGGAGGGGCUUGUGGAGCAGGCCCGACAGUGGGAGCAGGCCGGGGACUACAACCGGGCUGUCGACUGUUACCUCAAAGUGCGGGACCCCGGAGCCGUUGGCGGGGCCAGCAACCUUUUGGAGAAAUGCUGGAUGAAGGCGGCUGAGCUCUCCAUCAAGUUUCUGCCCGCCAAGCGCAGCCUGGCCGUGGUUCAGACGGUGGGGCCUCAGUUGGUUGGGUUGGGCAAACACAGUGCGGCCGCGGAACUCUACCUGAACCUGGACCUAGUCAAGGAGGCGAUCGACGCCUUCGUGGAGGGCGAGGAGUGGAACAAGGCCAAGCGCGUGGCCAAGGAGCUGGACCCCCGGUACGAAGAUUACGUGGACCAGCAGUAUAAGGAGUUCCUGAAGAACCAAGGCAAAGUCGACUCACUUGUGGGCGUAGAUGUCGUGGCUGCUUUAGACCUGUACGUGGAGCAGGGUCAGUGGGAGAAGUGUAUCGAGACGGCCACCAAGCAGAACUAUAAGAUCCUUCACAAGUACGUGGCUCUCUACGCGACUCACCUGAUCCGGGAGGGCAGCUGGGCCCAGGCCUUGGCCUUGUACGUGCAGCACGGAGCCCCCGCCAACCCCCAGAACUUCAACAUCUACAAAAGGAUUUUCACCGACACGGUGAGCGCCACCGGCACCAACAGCGCGGAGGCCUAUCACAGCUGGGCCGACCUCCGGGACGUCCUCUUCAACCUGUGUGAGAACCUGGUGAAGUCCAGUGAGGCAAACUCGACUGCCCAUGAGGAGUUUGAGACCAUGCUGCUGAUCGCUCAUUACUACGCCACCCGCUCGGCAGCCCAAAGCGUCAAGCAGCUGGAGACGGUGGGGGCCCGGCUCUCCGUGUCCCUCCUGCGUCACACCCAGCUGGUACCCGCAGACAAGGCCUUCUAUGAGGCGGGCACGGCGGCCAAGGCCGUCGGCUGGGAGAACAUGGCCUUCAUCUUCUUGAACCGCUUCCUGGACCUGACAGACGCCAUUGAAGAGGGCACCCUGGAUGCCCUCGACCACUCAGACUUCCAAGACACGGACAUCCCCUUCGAGGUGCCGCUGCCGGCCAAGCAGCACGUGCCGGAGGCCCAGCGGGAGGAGAUCCGGGACUGGGUGCUCACCGUCUCCAUGGACCAACGUCUGGAGCAGGUGCUCCCCCGGGAUGAGCGGGGCACCUACGAGGCCUCCUUGGUGGCGGCAAGUACCGGAGUGCGGGCACUGCCCUGCCUCAUUACAGGCUACCCAAUCCUGCGGAACAAGAUUGAAUUCAAGCUUCCAGGGAAGGCAGCCAACAAGGACAACUGGAAUAAGUUCCUCAUGGCCAUCAAGACCUCUCACAGCCCCGCCUGCCAGGACGUCCUCAAGUUCAUCAGCCAGUGGUGCGGAGGGCUGCCCAGCACCAGUUUCUCCUUCCAGUAACCGCCCGCCGGUCGGGACGGUGGGCCAUCCCGGGCUCGGGGCCGUCCUUUCCUUCUUCCGUCCGUUCCCCAUUAAACUCGCUCCUUUAGAGUCCUUGA